UGGGACUGCAAGACUUUAACUAUGUUUCAGCGUUCAGCUUAGCAUCUGCCAUCGCAAUGACCUGGGAUCAGGAUGCCUACUAUGAGCAGGCCAAAGCAGUGGGCACCGAAUUCUACAAGAAAGGCAUUCAGAUCUUGAACGCACCAACCUCUCAACCAAUCGGUCGAACGCCAUGGGGAGGUCGAUUCGGUGAAACAUUUGGUCCGGAUCCAUAUCUCAAUGGGUUGGCCACUGGUCUCGCUGUGAAGGGCUAUGUUGAUACUGGCGUCAUCUCCGGAGCCAAGCAUUUUAUUCUCUAUGAGCAAGAGACCAACCGGACCAAUGAUGCAGGCAGUAUUAGUCCCAAUCCGGCGUCCGGUCCCCUUCCGUAUUCCUCCAACACCGACGAUAAGACCCUGCACGAGACCUAUCUUUGGCCGUUCUAUGAUGCGGUGAAGAACGGCCUCGGUGCCGUUAUGUGCGCGAUGACCAAAGUCAACAAUACCCUCGCUUGUCAGAACUCUGAUCUACUCCUGAAACACUUGAAGACGGAGCUUGGCUUCCCAGGACUGGUGUAUCCUGAUACAAAGGCCCAGAGCACUGAAACUGCCGAGACCGUCAAUAAUGGUGAGGAUUACGGAGACAGCACUUACUGGUCCACUUCUGUCAUGAAAGCUCUUCUCGCGAAUGGUACUCUCUCGGAGGCACGUCUCAACGACAUGACUAUCCGAAACAUGAUCGGAUAUUAUUACUCCAACUUGGACAAUGGUCUUCAACCUGCCGAGCAAUCCGAUGGUGCCUAUGUUGAUGUGAGAGGCAAUCAUUCCAAGCUAAUCCGCAAAUACGGCGCUCAGUCUAUGGCCUUGCUGAAGAACAAGAAUAAUGCCCUUCCUUUGAAGGCAGUUCGCAGGAUGAGCAUCUUCGGUGCUCAUGCCGGUGCCUAUGUCGCUGGUCCCAAUCAAGACCUUUCCAUUGAUGGCUCUGGUCCAACCUAUCAAGGGCAUCUAGCAACAGGCUCCGGCUCCGGACAAGCAUCUUACCCUUACUUAGUAACCCCCCUGGUCCCUCUGACAGUCAAAGCCACCGAAGACGGAACUAUCCUGAACUGGAUCCUAAAGGACAAUUACACAUCAACUGCAGGAUCCUCCCUCAUCCCAUCAGUCGCUGGCAGUACAGCCGUCUCACCUUCCUACUCAACCUACGCCAGUAACUCCGACGUCUGCAUCGUAUUCCUGAACGCACUUGCCGGCGAGGGCGAGGACCGGAUGGAGCUCUACAACACCGACCAAGACAAAAUGGUCAAUACCGUCGCCGACAACUGCAACAACACAAUCGUCGUGAUCAACACCGUGGGACCCAGACUCCUCGAUCAAUGGAUCGAGCACGAUAACGUGACAGCAGUACUGUACGGAUCUCUUCUCGGCCAAGAAUCAGGAAACUCAAUCGUGGAUGUCCUCUACGGCGACGUCAAUCCCUCCGGCCGUUUGAUCUAUUCGAUCCCAAAGAACGAAAGCGAUUACAAUGUGAACCUCUGCUACACCUCCCAAUGCAACUUCACCGAAGGCGUCUACCUCGACUACCGCUACUUCGACGCCCAGAACAUCACAACCCGCUACCCAUUCGGCCACGGCCUCUCCUACACCUCCUUUUCCUACUCCAACCUCACCAUCUCUAAGCAAAACCCUACCCUCUCCGCCGCCCCAACCGGCCACCUCGCCGUCGGCGGCUACAACGACCUCUGGCACACCGUGAACAGCAUCUCCGUAAUCAUCCACAACACCGGGUCCCUAAGCGGAGCCGAAAUCCCUCAACUCUAUCUCAGCUUCCCAGACUCCGCCGACCAACCUCUCCGCCAACUCCGUGGUUUCGAACGCGUGAAGCUCGGCACUGGUGAACAGAAAACGGUCACGUUUGAUCUCCAUCGUCGCGAUAUCUCCUACUGGGAUGUUAUCUCGCAACAAUGGCGUAUUGCAGCUGGGGAGUAUAAGGUGUUUGUUGGGGCGAGUUCGAGGGAUUUUAGACUACAUGGGUCUUUUUCUGUUGAGACGCGGGAGUAGGUUUGAGAUGUAACUUUUCUUGUUUUUCGGUGCAUCUUUCACUCUUCUUUUGUCUCUCUGCUUUGGGUAAAAGUAUUCGUCUUCUUACUUUUUAUCAUCUCCCAUGUCGUCUUUCUAUUCUCCGAAUUGCACGGUAGGGCAUGUUGAAAUGCGAAAAGUCGGCUAGAUAGAUGUAUACAUAUGAUAGGCCACGUUGAUCG